UCCUUCUUGUUCCUGCUUCUCUCCUUGCACCAGGGCCAUCAUCAUCGGCCUCAAGUCCCUCGGGACUGGCCAUCGAUCGCCAGCAUGACCCUCUCCAACACCGCUACCGCAUUCACGGCCGCGUGGGCCGGCCUCGCCGUCUUCCAGCACGGCAUGGCCGUGUCCGGCCUGAACGGCAUCCAGGCGCCGCUCUCCUGCGGGCUCGCCGGCGGCGCCAGCAACGAUGACCUACCGACGUGGCUCGACUGGCUCAGGCCAUGCGUGCCGAUGACUCCCACAGAGUUUGGCUUCGCCGUCAGCGUGUUCACCCUCGGCGGACUCGUCUCCUCCCUCGCGUCCCGCGCUGUGAUCCACUCGUACGGCGUCGUCGGAGCCCUGCGUCUCUCUGCACUGUUUGUGCUCUUCGGCUCCGCCCUUCUUGCCCUUGCCAACUCGGUCCCACAGAUGUCGGCCGCGAGAACCCUCGUCGGUCUCGGCUGCGGCAUCUCGACCACGACGGUGCCUCUCGUCUUGGCCAGCGUCGCCCCAUCACAUAUCCGUCGCUCAGUCGGCCUGUUGAACCAGCUCUUCAUCGUCGCGGGCGUGCUGCUCGGCCAGGCCUUAAGCUUCCCCCUGGGGUACAGGUACCUCUGGCGCUUUGUGCCCGCCGUCAGCGUGGCCAUCGCCGUGGUCCAGCUUCUCGGCAGUCUGUUCGUCCACGUGCCAGAGGACGAGCUUGCAGUGAGCCCCGAAGCCGAACCCUUGCUCGCGACCGCUAUCCGCCCCGCCAACCUCAGCUUCACCGAGCUCAUCCGCUCCAAGGAACCACGCAUCCAGCGCGCCUUCUACGUCGUGCUCGUCACCCAGUUCUGCCAGCAAAUCACGGGCAUCAGCGCUGUCAUGUACUUUUCGACGCGCAUCAUGACGCCCGUGUUCCCCGGUAACGCCAAGGUUGUCGCCCUCGCCAUCGUGAUGUGGAAGCUGCCGAUCACUGCGUCGCCGGCGGUGCUGAUCGAGCGCAUCGGGGCCAAGCCGCUGCUCAUCGUCCCCACCUUUGUCAUGGCGCUCGCAAGUCUCGUACUCGCAAUCGGGAUCAACCAGAGCGCAGGGGCACUGGCCAUCGCGGGCAUCAUGGUCUUCGUGACCGCCUUCAGCGUUGGCCUCGGGCCAGUGGUCUGGGUCGUGAUCGGCGACAUUGUUCCGCCCCACGCCCGCGCCGCGGCAAGCUCGAUUGGGCUGGCAGUCAACUGGAGCACCAACUUUGUCAUUGGUGUCAGCUUCCUGCCGCUCCAGGCGUGCCUGAGUGGUGGCCAGCCUUCAGGCGAAGGCAACGUGUUCUACGUGUUUGCCGUCACCUGCGCGCUCGCCGCGUUGUGGAUCAGGAGGGCAUAUGCGUCGUUCGAGGCAAUCUCUGAGUAGGGCUCCGGGUCGAGCGGAGUAAGGCUAGAUACGACAAGAAACGACACAGUUCUAUAGUAGUGCAUGCAUUGGCUGAGAGGGCA